AUGGAAUUCGAGAUCUGCCUGUCGCCUCCUGUUGCCGUUUCCGAUGAUGCGCUCAAGGCGUUCAACGAAUUGAAGCUGGGAAAGAAAAUCAAGUACAUCAUCUACAAGCUCAACGAUGCCAAGACCGAGAUUGUGGUUGAGAAGACCAGCGCUGACACCGACUACGACUCAUUCCUGGGCGAGCUUCCCGAGGACGAGUGCAAGUACGCGAUUUACGACUUUGAGUACGAGCUCGGCAAGGGCGAGGGCAAGCGUAACAAGAUCGUUUUCUACCAGUGGGCUCCAGAUACUGCCAACGUGAGAUCCAAGAUGGUAUACGCCAGUAGCAAGGAUGCGCUCAGAAGGGCCUUGAACGGUGUUUCCACCGAUAUCCAAGGUACCGACUUCAGCGAGGUUGCCUACGAAAGUGUUCUCGAGAGGGUCAGCAGAUCUGCUGGAUCUCACUAA